CAUGCAUGCGUCACUCUUGCGGUCGGACAAAAUACCUUCUCCGUUCAAGCACAGCGAGUGACACAACCGUCAAGAACUUUCGCUCCACCGCCUCAGCCGAGCUACCGAACACAAGUUCGGGUCGACUGAUCACGUCUCUCCUCGUUCCCCGCGCAAAGCGAAACGGAGAGCCGUUUCGAAGGCGGAGAGAGAGAGAUGGAAGGAGAUGGCAAGGGGGACGCGGACAAGUCCCCCGCCUAUUCGCAGCAGACCGUUUCCGAGGACGAUGAAAUAGACUACUCUGUCAAACCUGAGUUUUAUGAUCCAGAUCUAGAUGAUAAAGAUGAGCUAUGGAUUGAGAAGAGGCGUAAAGGGCAUGGAACCGAUGCCGUGUUGAGCUGCCCUGCUUGUUUCACUACCCUCUGCCUGGAGUGUCAAAGGCAUGAGAAGUAUAUCACCCAAUACAGAGCAAUCUUUGUCAUGAAUUGUGAGGUUAUGAAAGAGAAGGCUCAGCCGCCAAGCAUCGCGCGCCCAAAAAGCCGGAAAAGAGGGAGAGGAUCUGCCACACCUGAUGCUUGCCCUGCCACUGCCAGCAGCGAAACCCUCAAGCACGUCUGCUGUUCCAUCUGCUCCACAGAGGUCGGCGUGAUGGACGAAGAGGAGAUCUAUCACUUCUACAAUGUUCUCCCUAGCGAGUCUUGACUUGCCCGAGUCUCAUCUCAUCUUCCAAUGCUGGCUUUGUGCACUCGUCUCUCAUGUCCUGGGAGUUUUGAAAGUUGAAGGUCAUUGAGCUUGUUGUGAUGCCAAGGUUUUUCAAUAGAAAAAAGGUCUUUUCAAGGGCAUAUGCAUAUGCUUUUGGAGCUGUACUUCUGUAAGCUAGGGGGAGCCUUUGCAUUUCAAUUGCAAUCUAAUCUAUCAAAUUUUGUCGGUUCCGAUGA